UCUCUCACCUGUUGCUGGCAUUUUUCCUGGCUGCGUCCUUGAGGAGAUAGUGGCUGUUCAAACUCUGGCUCAGAUCCUGACCCUUCUCUCUCAAGGUCACCCAGCCUUGCUGGCCCCUCCUGGGCCAAAUACUCACCUUGGCCUGUCUCAGUUAUCUCCCCAUUCACAUCAUCAGGCUGCUCCUCCUCAGGUGCCUCCCCACCUUCUGGCAUAGCUUGAGAGACUGCACAUGUGGCUGAAUAAUUCUGCAUUCAAAGCAAAAUGAAGGAACAAGAUGUCUGAAGGGUGAAGAGGGAAAGUGAUACUCCUGUUGAGGCAAACCUAUGAAAUCUCAAAGGAAAGAGACCUAUGAAAUCUCAAAGGAAAGUCCUUAAAGUGUGAACACAAGAGCCACAAGAAGAAAAAUAAAGAAUGAGGUUACACCAUCUUAAGGAGCAGAACUGAUGUCUAGGGCCUCUCACAAACUAUUUUCCUAUGACUGCAGACAGAAAAAUUAAGUUCUGCAGCAAAGCCAUGGUGGAGAGGGGAGGAGGAGAAGGUAGGACCCCGGAGAGCUUCACUUCUUCUAUGCCUCUGGUUAAGUUAGUGAAAUAAACCACUUUGCAGAAUGAUGAAAAGCAAAGCAGGAUGUACUCCGAAAGGAUUUCACAAAAUUGGGUGAAUGGCCAACCAAUAUCAAAUGCCAGUGCCAUCUUUCGGGGCCACCUUUCAGUGCCAAUCCGUGGACAGUGAUGUGCUCACUUACAUAUUCAGGGUGUCCAAACUGAAGAAGGAAGCAAGGAAAUGUCUAAUGAAACAUAUAUCAAUGAGUUUAUUCUUCUAGGACUUCCAGAAUUUCAUAGACUGAAGAUACCAUUUUAUUCCCUACUUCUCCUGAUGUAUCUUCUGUCAGUUACUGGACAUGGUUUAAUUAUCAUAGUUGUCCUCAUGGAAUCCAAGCUCCACACUCCAAUGUACUUCUUCCUGGUCAACUUCUCUCUGGCUGAGAUCUGUUCCACAACAGCAGAGACACCAAAGAUGCUGAUCAACAUCUUUUCGGGCAAAAGCAAUAUCUGCUUUGUGUGUUGCAUGGCACAGGUUUUUGCUGUCUUUGCAAUGGGAGCUGUUGAAUUCAUCAUGCUCACGGUCAUGUCAUUUGACCGCUAUGUAGCCAUUUGCAAACCUUUGCUCUAUAAAACCAUCAUGACCAAUACACGAUGUCUCCACCUUGCCUUGCUAGCAUGGGUUGGAGGGUUUGUGAUCAUCUUUUCUCAGUCAGUAGUAGUCUGGACUUACCCUUACUGUAAACAUAAUGUCAUUGAUCACUUCUUCUGUGAUAUUGGGCCCCUGUUGAGACUGGCUUGUGCGGACACAACUUUGAUGGAGCUGAUAGGUCUCAUAUAUGGUGCUACUUUCAUGUGGGGUUCAUUUGGCUUUUCCUUGAUUUCAUAUACAUACAUUGUAGCCACCAUAAUUGGGAUCCCUUCUGCCACAGGGCGAUCCAAGGCAUUUUUUACGUGUGCCUCCCAUCUCACAGUUGUUAUCAUCUUCUACACAGCAGAUAUGUUCAUGUACUUGAGGCCUUCAACUCAUGGAGACACAGAAGUCAAUAAAGUGGUGUCUCUUGUGCGGACAAGUUUCAUACCCAUAUUAAACCCUUUCAUCUACACAAUUCGAAACAAAGACUUCAAAGCAGCUGCAUGGAGAGCUAUGAAAAGAAAUAUAUUUUUCAGGAAUUCUGUGUAAAAUUUUUGCCAUAAGGAAAAUUCAGAGUUGGGUCAAUGAAAAGAUAUUGGCAUGAAUGCCUUUUCCUUUAAGCUUACUGUGACUUCUCAAAAAACAUAGUUAUGUCAGUAUCUUCCUGAUUUGGUGCAGUUAUGCAAUCUUCUUGCACUAAUUGUGGCUGAGGAUGCUGGGAGUUGUACUUCAGCAAAAUUUGGAGGACCCCAUGUUGGGAACCACUGUACUAGAAGGUAGUUGUUCAAGCACUUUGUUGGUCUGAAUGUUGGCCAGUAAGUACAUUUACACACCUUUCUUUGUGAAUGUGAUCACCAUAUGUAUAUGAAAAUGCUUUUGCAACAUUAUGA